AUGGCAUAUGGUUCUGCAGCUGAUGUGUUUGACGAAUACUUCCGACUUUCUGCAAACGUGGCGCUAUCAUGCUUGGACAAUUUUACAAAUUUAGUCGUAAAUUUAUUUGGAGAUGAGUACUUGAGAAGACCCACACCAACAGAUCUUCAAAGACUACUCGACAUUGGCGAGUUACGCGGAUUUCCCGGCAUGAUAGGAAGCAUCGAUUGUACAUUAAACGAUAUCAAUAUUCUUGACCGAUCUCCAGCCUUCGAUGAUAUUUUGCAUGGUCGAGCUCCUAAAGUUAAAUACAGUGUCAACGGACAUGAGUAUAAAUUGGCUUACUAUCUGACGGAUGGUAUUUAUCUAAAAUGGUCUACUUUUAUCCAAUCUAUUCCACUGCCACAAACUCCAAAAGCCGCUUUAUUUGCGAGACAAUAA